UGCAGAUGGCGGACGGACUACUAGUCUACUAUGCGGGCUAGCAGAUGAUGAGUUCUUGAGAGAGAAAAGCAUGGGGAAGAAAUGAGCCAGACGGAGUUAAUUCUCGACCCUUCUCGUCAUUUUCCCUCUUCGAUUUUCAAUUUGGCCAUCCUCAUGCGAGCCAGAAUGAGGGCAGCAGCUGCAGACGGUUCUUCUCCGGCGAGCACUAACACUAAGAUCGCCCUUGCUGCCGCGCCUCUCCCUAUGGCGAGGGAGAGCGAAGCAAUUCAAUCCCACGGGGAUGGCGAUCGUCUGUACAAGCAACAGGGAAACGCUGCCGCUCCUUCACUUCCUCCUCAGAGAAACCUCGACGUAGUUCGAGACGCAAUGCACUCCGCCAUAUCAUCGAGCAAAACUGAACUUCUCGAUGCCGUCCUUCACGAUUUCUCUCAGGGUUACUUUGCCCUCUCUCGUGAUCACCGCCGCAGGCUAUUGCUCAUCCUUGCUAAAGGCUAUGAUCUCAACCGCAAGCAGGCUCGUGAACUGAUGGAUCAGCAUCUGGGUCUCCUGCUUCCUGCUGGUGAUAGAGGUGAAUCUGAUUCCCCACGCGAUGAAGCUAUGCUUUCUGCUUUCUAUCGCAUUGAAAGGAACCUCAGACAGGCUCUCAAGCCUGCCUAUGAGGUCCUCUUUGAGAGACUCAACAACCACCCUGGUGGAUUGAGAUUCCUCUCCACCCUUCGUGCUGAUAUCUUGUCAUUUUUGCAAGACGAAAAUGUUGCAUCUUUGCGGGCUUUAGACGCCAGUUUGAAGGAGAAACUUACUACUUGGCUCAGUCCUGUGGCAUUGGAGCUUCACCAAAUUACUUGGGACGAUCCUGCUUCUUUGCUUGAGAAAAUUGUGGCAUAUGAGGCUGUACAUCCUAUCAGCAAUCUCUUAGACCUGAAAAGACGAUUAGGUGUCGGUCGUCGUUGUUUUGGAUAUUUACACCCUGCAAUACCUGGCGAGCCCCUUAUUUUCAUUGAAGUUGCACUGUUGAAGAAUGUGGCUAAAACAAUUCAGGAAGUUUUGUGGGAUGAUCCUCCUAUUUCAGAAUCUGAGGCCUCGUGUGCAUUAUUUUAUUCCAUAUCAUCAACUCAGUCUGGCUUGGCAGGAAUAAACUUAGGGAAGUUUCUUAUAAAACGGGUGAUCACAUUGGUGAAACGAGAUAUGCCUCACAUUUCUACAUUUGCUACUCUCAGCCCUAUCCCUGGGUACAUGCAAUGGCUGCUUUGUAAGUUGGCAUCUCAGUCGCAGGCACCAUCAGGUGCAUCUGAUUCCCCUUUUAUGGAGAGGUUACUUGAACCAAAGGAAGAAAGUGCCCUCAUAAACUCCUCUAGGGAGACUUAUGCAGGAAAAAGUGGCGCCGAAGUGAUGUUGAACAUGCUGACAUCAACCAACUAUGAUUGGGCCUCCAAUGCUGAAAUGCUUUCAGCAUUGAAGCCUCCACUCAUGAGACUCUGUGCCAGGUACCUUUUGCAAGAGAAGAAGAGAGGCAAAGCCCUAGACUCUGUUGCAAACUUUCACUUGCAAAAUGGAGCGAUGAUUGAAAGAAUAAAUUGGAUGGCUGACAGAUCUGAGAAAGGUCUUUGUCAAAGUGGAGGUAUUAUGGUGAACUAUGUGUACAGGGUGGAGGAUAUCGAAGAGAAUGCUCAAGCAUAUUUCCGAGCAGGCCACAUACAGGCUUCUGAGAAUGUCUGUUGCUACGUCAAGGAGGUCGGAGGCUUGAAGGAGAAUGAUGGGGAAAAGCCACUGUAACUCUGAUCAUCGGGAGACCAAGUAUUUGAAAACAUUGCUAAUCUAAUAUGUACAGUCAAUGGUGGCUCACAGGCUCAGUUAUAAUAAAAGUGGCUUCAACGAGCUAACGCUAUCUUGUGAAAAAAGAUAGCAUGGUCGAUUGCUGGUCUAAGAUUAUUUGGGAAGGAAAUUCUCAGUAUCCUUGGUACAUCCUCCUAUUUGCAGCCUUCAUAUAACCCAUAUGGAUAGGCGAAAAUUUAAGUCAUUGGUGGUGCUUCAUUUCUGAAAGGCAACUAUGUAUAAAAGUUUAUGUUAUAUACAUCUUAGGCAUCUAGAUGCUAUACGAAUCUUUGCACAGGUGCAGGUACAGCCGGUGACUGCAACAGUGAUGGUGAUCUUCUUCCUGGCCAGUCAAGUCUCGUGGCUGGUUUCCGACACGUAAUCUCGCAUGAGGCGCGUAUUGGAGUCGCUAACCUUCUGCAUCAAGUAUAAAGAAGAAGAAUAAUGCAUGGGGUGAGGGGGAUUUGGUUUCUGGCAUUGAAACCUGAAGAGAAACUAAGGAGGAAACUGCGAACUAGGAACCUUGAGGGCUAGUCGAUGAAGGUUGUCCCACUCGAAGUCCAUCUUACAGUAAGCUGAUCGCACCUGCAUAUUCAUCAACACCAACAACUAUUAAAGGACUCGUGAUUUCCAGGCAAUGCCAGUAUAACAGGAUGUCAUUCAUCGAAAGAGUAUUAUGCACGAACCUCUAUGAUUCGCAGAGCUGGUGUUGAAGAAGACAGCAUUGGGAGGCAAAACAGAGUGGGUUAGAUAGAUGCAGAACAGAGGUGGGCUGAAAUUGCAUAGAACAGAGUUGAAUUUCAUUCUCACUCACCCAAACCCUUGUGUCUGGAGGAUUGACGCAUGAGGGCAGCACAGAACUCGUCUCCGUCCUUGAGGGGAUGGCUGUCAAGAAAUUCCAUCAACUCUGCGUGUGCUUCCCGGUUAUAGGCCUGCCCGCCAUCAUCAUCAUCGAGCGUUCGUUCAUUGUUCUCUCGAGAAGGGCGAUAACUAAGGAAACUGAAUUGGGAUAUAAAAACAGGACAAUAAGAAGAACGAACCCUCAGCUGGGCGGAUACAAUCUCGAGCGCAACGUAGGUGAAGAAACUGACGAGGUACUUAGCUGCCUUGGACUCCGGCGACUCUCCAAAUCCAGGAACAUACAUCUUGUGGCAAUACAGUCGACUGCCACGGCAGCUGAUCGAGCGAAAAGCAGUAGACAAUUGGUGGCGGCUUGUGGUGGUGGUGGUGGAGGGAGCUGGGAUUGGUAAUCUGUUGGGGAUGAGUUUGGGUUGUAGAGAGGAGAGCCAUGAUGUUGGAACUACUGUGGUUGCUGAUGUUGCUUCCAUUCCCGGCGCUACUUCUGCUUCUGCUUCUUAUCUGAUUGGAGAAUAGAUGAUUGACUCAGGUUACCCAGAACGAGGCACUCAUUCGUAACCAAAAAACUACAAGGCCAAAAUAUCUUUGCAGAGGUCCCAGUCGUCGUUGUCUCGUUUAAAAGAAUCACAAGUUCACAACAGAAAAGCACAAACCUCCUUGUAAAAAAAAAAAACAGAAAGGCACAAACCACAAAGAUUUGGUACUUGGACUGUUACAUGGCCUUCAGAUCAACAUCAGUGGCCCAAACACAAGCAGGCCGAACUUAUUUAUCAGGUUGGAAGAAUUGGAUUUGUCAAGACC